CGCCCCAAAUCGUAUUCGGAGUUGGCAGCACCCUCUCAUAUUACAAUGAAACUUUCUGGGUAUGUACACCAAGACUAGAUAAGCCACUUUGCAUACUUAGUUUCUUCAAAAUUUAUCUGGACUGACUUUUGAAAAGGGCUAAACUUUUUUUAUGGAUUUUUUAAAAAUGUUUUUAAUCAAAAAAUGACUACUCCUACAAAACAGUGUUGUAUGGGUGAUUAUCACAAAAUAAGUCAAAUUUUAAGAAAAAAAUACUGAAAAAAAAUCCAAAAUGAGCCCUACACUGAAAAAAAUCAUUUCUAAAAAUUCAAAGUUGAUUUAAAAAAAAACACCAUUUUUGAUUUUGAUGAAAUUUUGUCUCAAGACAGGUAAUUAUGUUCCCUACCAACCAUCCAUACAUCACAAGAUAGGCACUUUUAAGGAAAAAAAGUUUUUCUAACAAAAACUUUUUCAUGUCCAAAUUAUUAUUUUUUCAGUGUCUUUUUUUAAAAACAAACUAAACCAGUGAAGGUUAUCUAGUAAUCUCAAAAUGCAAUGAAACUUAUUGUGUCAUAUGCGACAAUGCAAUGCACCCAUAUUCACGCAGCAGCACUCUAGAAGUACGAAACAAUAUACAAUUAGAACACGCAUUUCAUACGUGCUGCUGUAAUUUCUACCCAAACGUUUCUACCCCAUGUUCUUACCUAAUAUUAGGUAAGGCUAUUUAUUAGAUUCGAACUACCUAAUCGAAAAAAAAAAACAAAUCAAGAGUUGUACCUAAAGCAAAUAUGAACAAAACAAGAAAAUGAAUCGGUAUCAUUCAACGUGUUACUUCUCUUUGGUUAUUAAAGGCAGUUCUGAAAAGUAAUGGAUCAAUCGUAUAAAUCAAAAUUCAACAAAUUCAAGUGCAGUGCAAAAAUAAACAAUCCAAAGUGCAACCGUCAUAAUCUACGGGGCAUGUCAUUAAGAUUGAUAGAUAAAAUUCAUUCCAUGGGAUAUACACAUGAAAUCGACGAAUCGAUGAGUAUUUGUGAGUCAUGUCGUGGAUUGAUAAGUCACAACAGAAGCCCGAAUACGAAAAAACGCCGAUCGGAUGGAAACGACGAAACUAUGCAACCAUCAUUUAGUGGGCAGCAACAUCAUGAUGUUCCAGAACCAGAACCGUCAACGAGUGGUCAACAAAUCGAACAUGAGCUGGAUAUGGUACCAUCUAUUCCAUCAUUGGAGUCAAUUCCGUCAACAGAUCAACUACAGGGUCCCCAUAAUAUUGAGAAGUUUAAUACCAUUGCUGAAACAUUGAGUUUAUCGCCAAUCUCAUCUAGAAACAUGAGAAAUAUGGAAUAUCGCAUAAACAAAUCAUUGCAGAUUACGAAAGCAGUUCGAAAAAAUAUCUUCGGAAUAGAUUCAACGGAUGUUGGCAAAGUGGAGGCGUAUGACGAGAUAAUUAUGCAGUUAAAGUUCAAUCACCCUACAACUGACAGAAGCGAACAGAUUAAAAUACUAUCUGUACUUCCUAAGUCUUGGUCGGUAAAUAAAAUCACAAGAGAGUUUAACGCACCAAUGUAUAUGGCGAGGCAGGUGAAGGAUCUUGUUUAUGAACAGGGUAUUCUUUGUACCACCGAAAAAAGAAGGGGGCAUGGUAUUGAUGACGAUACAAAACAAAUAGUAAGAGAAUUUUUUGAUGAUAAUGAUAUCAGCAGGCCAAUGCCAGGAACAAAUGAUUUUGUUUCUGAGGUUCGAAAUGGAAAAAAACAACAAGUUCAAAAACGACUUUUGAUGAUGUCGCUCAAAGAGGCUUAUAUGAUUUUUGUAGAUAUGUACAAAACUGUGAAUAUUGGUUUCACAGUAUUUACACAGUUGCGACCAAAGCAUUGUAUUUUACUUGAUUCUACUGGUAUACAUAAUGUAUGCAUAUGUACUAUUCAUGAAAAUGUAAAUUUAAUGUUCAACAGUAUAAGAAUUGUGUCACAAGAUAAAAUAAUACAAAAAAUGCUUUGCGAUAUUUCCACCAGAACAGAUAAUUGCUUUUUCCGUGCUUGUGAAAAGUGUGCUUGUAAUGAACACAUUGAAGAGGAACUUACAUUGAUAUUAGAAUCAAAUGACAAAGAAGAGAUUAUAUUUCAGCAGUGGUUGAAUACUGAUCGCUGUAAUUUAGAAACGAUUAUUAAACCUGUUGAUGAAUUUGUUCCGUAUCUUGUUGAUAAAAUUGACAAACUUAUAACACACGACUUUAUUCAUAAACAACAAUCAUCAUUUCUCAGAAAUAAAAAAGAUACAUUAAAGGAUGAUGAAAUUCUUGCGAUUUGUGAUUUCUCUGAAAACUAUUCAUUCAUAAUUCAAAACGCUGCUCAAGGAUAUCAUUGGAACAACUCGCAAGCAACAAUACACCCAUUUGAAAUUUACUAUAUGAAAGAUAAUAAACUUGUAAAUGUUAGCUUCAUUAUCAUAUCGGAAGUAAUGGCUCACGAUACAGUUGCGGUCCAGUUGUUCAUCUCAAAAAUGAUAGAUUUUAUGAAACAAUUAACGAACUUUUCUAAAAUUUAUUUUAUGUCUGAUGGGGCAGCAUCACAAUACAAAAAUAAGAAGAACUUUGCUAGUCUAUGUAGAUUCCAGUCAAAGCAUGCAUUAAGAGCAGAAUGGCAUUUUUUUGCAACGUCCCACGGUAAAGGUCCAUGUGAUGCUAUUGGUGGCACUCUCAAGCGAAUGGCAAAGAGAGCAAGUCUUGCUCGAGAUUAUGGAAAUACCAUAACAACUCCACGAGAGUUAUAUAACUGGGCAGUUGUACAGACAGAUAAAAAUAUAACUAAAUUAAAUUUCUGUUACGUAUCCACUGAACAGUACAUUAAAAUGUCAGAAGAUCUCGAAGAAAUAUAUAAUAACGCCAAAACAAUACCAGGCACUCAGAAAUUCCAUAGUUUUUUGCCUAUUCCUGGCGACAAAGUAAAGGCAAACAGGUAUUCUAAUUCAGAAGAUGAACCAAAAAUAUUUAGUAUGAUCGGAAAAAAAUAGAAAAGAACAUGUUUGAAAUUGGCUCUAAGACACAUAUAUAUAUUUGAAAAAUUCAUAAUUAUAAAUAAUUGUAUAUUUAAAAGUGCACUUCAAUACAUAUUGCGAUCAAACAUUACAUUUCCUAAGAAAAUACAUU